AUGUCUCAACAAGCCGAAAUUAAGAUAGCAGCGGAUCCUGAGGUGCAGCAAACCCACAUCUAUGAUGGUCAAGGCACCCAAGAAGACCCUUUCAUAGUUGAAUUUCAAAAGGAUGAUCCAGGAAACCCGAUGAACUGGUCUCAACUUAGAAAAUGGUUCAUCACGGCGAUUGUGACCUUCUCCGUCUUUGCCAUCACCUUCACAUCUUCAGCAUACUCUGCUUCCGCAAACGAGCUCAUUCCAGACUUCAACAUUAGCACAGAGGUGUUCACAGUUGGCCUCUCCCUCUUUGUUCUUGGGUUUGCAAUUGGUCCAGCAGUAUGGGGUCCCUUGUCUGUUCUUUUUACUCUCUGGAUCGUCUCUCACAUCGCCAUGGUGGCCUUCACCGGUGGUUCCGCUGGAAGCCGCAACGUUGCCACCCUCCUCGUGUUGCGAUUCUUCAGCGGCACAUUCGGCGGCUCACCGUUAGUCAACUCGGGUGGUGCUAUCGCAGAUCUCUUCCCCCCUGCUCAGAGAGGCCUCGCCAUGACACUGUACUGUGUCGCGCCCUUCCUUGGUCCCAUCCUUGGCCCGAUCGUUGGCGGAUUCGUCUCUGAAAACGUUGGAUGGAGAUGGGUCCAGGGGGUGUGCUGUAUCUUUAUCGGAGUGAUAGGUAUCAUCGGCGUCAUCUUUGUCCCGGAGACUUAUGGGCCAGUGUUGUUGAUCAGGAGGGCAAACCAACUGUCUAAGGCCAAUAGUAAGGUGUACAUCAGUGUUCUUGAAAAGAACCAAGGCAAGAAGAAGCCGUCGGAGGUCUUCCAGCGGGCUCUGAUACGGCCCUGGGUUCUGCUCUUCCGGGAACCCAUCGUGCUGGUUGCCUCGCUCUACAUGGCCAUUAUCUACGGCACGGUCUACAUGUUCAUGAGCGCCAUGCCCAUCGUCUACAACGAACAACGCGGCUGGAGCGAGGGCAUCGGCGGCCUCGCCUUCAUGGGUAUCGCAGUCGGUAUCAUCCUCGGACUAGUCUACGCCAUCUACGAUAACAACAGACGAUACACGAAACUACUGCUAUCGAAAUCAGCAACUGCCGAAUCCCGGCUCCCACCAGCCAUCGUCGGUGCUGUCGCCCUACCCGUCGGCAUGUUCGCCUUCGCCUGGACCAAUUACCCCCGCAUCCACUGGUCCGUCAGCAUCAUCCUUUCAGCGCCCUUCGGGUUCGGCUGCGUCCUCGUCAUCCUGCCGAUCGUCAACUACCUGAUCGACGCGUACACCAUCUACGCGGCCUCUGUUCUUGCCGCCGCAGCCAUCUUCCGGUCGAUCGUCGGGGCUGUGUUUCCCUUGUUUACGACCCAGAUGUAUGACAGUCUCGGGAUUCACUGGGCGAGCUCUCUGCCCGCCUUUUUGACGUUAGCGUGCAUGCCGUUCCCGUUCGUCAUGUAUCGUUACGGUGGGGCGCUGCGGAUGAAGUGCAAAUAUGCGUUCGAGGCUGCAGAGAUGAUGAGGCGGAUGCAGAUGCAGCAAGCACCUGCCCCGGCUAAGGAGGAGGAGGACUCCCCUUCCGAGUGA